UGCACGUGGCCCAGCUCCCUGAUUUAUAUGUGACCGCAGCUACCGCUCUACGUUUUCCGUGCGUUUGCUGGCUCGGGUGAGCAGUCGUCUUCUCAGAUCUGCGAGGCGCGACAGCAAGCAGUUCACUGCACGCUUGGAACCGUUUCUUACUCACAGAAGACAAGCAACACACAUCAAAGUUGCUGGUGAUCGCAGCAGGCCAGGCAGCAUCUCCAGGAAGAGUGACUUUUAAACCAUAAGACCUGCGUGAAGUCCCUGCAGCAGAUAAGGGGCUAUCCUUCUCAAAGAUGAUACGUUGCGGCUCAGUGCUGUCCUUCACUCGAUGUUUGGUUCGUAGAAAGAUUAUAAGCCAGAGUGGCCUUGAAGAGUCCAAGCUAUGCCGUUGUUUGACCACCAUAGACUUGAUAGCACUGGGAGUUGGCAGCACUCUUGGUGCAGGUGUUUACGUUCUGGCUGGCGAGGUUGCGAAAUGGGACUCUGGGCCCAGCAUUAUCAUCUCUUUCCUAAUUGCUGCAUUGGCUUCGGUGAUGGCUGGACUCUGCUAUGCGGAGUUUGGAGCUCGUGUUCCGAAGACUGGUUCUGCAUAUUUAUACAGUUAUGUAACUGUUGGUGAACUCUGUGCAUUCAUCACAGGCUGGAAUUUGAUUCUUUCUUAUGUCAUUGGUACGUCAAGUGUUGCCAGGGCUUGGAGUGGUACCUUUGAUGAACUUCUUGGCAAACAGAUUGGAGUAUUUUUUGGCACGUACUUCAGGAUGCAUUCACCAGGAUUGGCAGAAUAUCCUGACUUCUUUGCUGUGUGUCUGAUAUUAAUAUUAUCAGGUCUUCUGUCAUUUGGUGUAAAGGAAUCUGCUUGGGUCACCAAAGUAUUUACUGCCAUCAAUAUAGUGGUCCUUUUAUUUGUUAUGAUUACGGGGUUUGUGAAAGGAGACCUGGAGAACUGGAAAAUCAGUAAGGAGUUUCUCAUUAACGUUACAGCAACCAUAAGCAAUUCAUCUGCAGAGAAUGUCACCAGCACUUAUGGUGUGGGUGGUUUUACACCAUAUGGAUUAAGUGGAACAUUAGCUGGUGCUGCUACCUGCUUUUAUGCUUUUGUUGGGUUUGACUGUAUUGCCACUACAGGUGAAGAGGUGAAAAAUCCUCAAAAGGCUAUUCCCAUUGGAAUUGUGACUUCCCUUUUGGUGUGCUUCCUGGCGUACUUUGGAGUUUCUGCUGCACUCACCCUCAUGAUGCCGUACUACCUGCUGGAUGCUCGGAGCCCACUUCCUGUUGCCUUUCAGUAUGUCGGCUGGGGCCCUGCAAAAUACCUGGUGGCUGUCGGAUCUCUCUGUGCUUUGUCAACAAGUCUGCUUGGUUCCAUUUUCCCCAUGCCUCGCGUAAUCUAUGCUAUGGCUGAAGAUGGGUUGCUUUUCAAAGUUUUAGCCCACGUCAGUUCUAAGACGAAGACUCCAGUUAUUGCUACAAUGUCAUCAGGUUUGGUUGCAGCUAUCAUGGCAUUUCUCUUUGACCUGAAAGCCUUGGUGGAUAUGAUGUCUAUUGGGACACUCCUAGCAUACACUCUGGUAGCAGCAUGUGUACUCCUCCUCAGAUAUCAGCCAGCAUCACUCUACAAACAAAAUCUUUCUCCAGAAAGAGAGAACCUCACAGCCAAUGAAGAUGGUGAAUUAGAUAGAAAUGCAUCAGAUUCCCAUUUGACUGUGCUCAAAAAUCAAGAUCUGAGCUGCUCUUUGCUAUUCAGUCCCUCAGUGGUCCCAACAGAACAGACUUCAUCAGUGGUAUACGGAUGCGUUGGGUUCAUAACUGUUAUCAUCUGUGCAGUGAGCGUGCUGAUCACUUAUGGCAAUGAAGCAAUACUUUCCCUGGAGCCCUGGAGUAUUGGCCUUCUUACAGCAUUCCUGCUCGUGUUUGGUGUCACUGUUUUCAUCAUCUCAAAGCAACCUCAAAGUCAGACCAGAGUGGUUUUCAUGGUGCCACUCUUGCCAUACUUGCCUAUUCUCAGCAUCUUUGUCAAUAUCUACUUAAUGAUGCAAUUGAGUGGGGGCACUUGGAUCCGAUUUUCUAUUUGGAUGAUUUUCGGAUUUGCAAUCUACUUUGGCUAUGGCAUCAGGCACAGCGAGGAAGGUCACCGCGAUAGUGAAUCAGUGCAGAGUGAAACUGAGAACACAAAGAGCGUAGAAGGAGUGGAUGACAAUGAGAUACCAACUGAACUUGACCAAUUUAUUCUGCAUGAAAAGACAAGUGAAUGUUAGCUAUAAAAUGCAGUAUGUCAUGUUGUUUGUUACAUCAGACAUAUUUGUGUUUUCAUGAGCAGUGAAGUUUUAUCAACUUUUAGCCUCAGAGUCUGUCAAAGCUCUGUACAGGGUCAUUUUAUACCAACGAAAUAAUGUUCUUUGCAACAAAUCAUCUGAGCUUGUAUAUGCAGGAACUGAAAAUAUUAACUGAUUAUCUGCAUGUACCUCUGUAUCCUGUUCAGUAUCAACAUAUUUGAUUCCAUCUUACCAAAAUGUUGAGUGAAAACUAUUUUUACCCACAACAAAAGGAUUUGGGCUAUGAUAAAAGACUAUUUACUGGGAUUAGAGCUACUAUGUAUGAUUUUCAUUUCCAAUUUGUGAUACAUUGUUUUUAUAAUAAACCAUUUGAAAGUUCAGUGAACAUUUGGCAUACGAAAAUGUUAUACCUGUAUAUCUGUCCUUUAGAUUCAUAAUUAUUUAGUUAUUUAAUUUUGCAUGAUUAUUCCAUGAUUGAAGUAUUCAUUCAUAAUGUAGCUUAUGGGAAUAGUCCAGUUACAGGACCUUACUACUUUUCAACAUUUUUUGAGUUAAAUCAAAGAGAGACUCCUUACAAAGUAGUUAAGUUUAGAAAUGGAGGGAUGAGAGAAUGGAAAGUAAGAUUUUUUUUCCAUUUACUAAAUUCAUGAAAUUGCUAUUCUAAGUUGAUUAAACAUUAAGUAUUAUAAAAUAUUUAAUCUUCCAAUUUAAUUGCAAAUACUUUGUAGAUAGUAAAUAAUAUUUGAACUUUUUAGGACAAAAUGGUUUAUAUUUUUUUAAAAAAAUGUAACUGCUAUAUCUGAAAAUGAAAACCAUACAUACCUCUAAACAAAACAAGCUAUCAAGCUAUAAAAAUGUUUACUGUGUAAAAACUAUGCGUUGAUAAAUCCUUACAAGGGAUAUUUCUUUCAAUUCUUGGGUGCUGUGUUUUUGUUUGUAAAACACCUGGUGAGUCAUCUUCAUAUAAUGAAACAAAAAUACUGUGAAAUGCCUAACUCUUGGCUUAUGUGCUGAUUAGUUUAAAUAAUUUCCAGUCUUAAGACCAAGAAAUAAGUACAAGGGUAAUCUGUCAAUCAGCUUUGUCCACCUCACUUAAAAUCAUUUUUAACAAUUCUGGCAUAACUAGUGACGUGAAAUAAUAGCAACAUACAUCAAAGUUGCUGGUGAACGCAGCA